UACACUUCUACAAAUUUGAAACGACAAAUCAAAAUUCAAAACCCCAUUUCACACAAGCGGGAAAAAAGCCCCACCGUGAGCAACGCAAAAAUGGAGGAAACCCCGGCGGCGGCGACGACGACGGCGAAGAAACCAUUGAGUCUCAACCAACGCUACACUAACUUCCUCUCUGCUUCUCACUCCAAACCUCCUACUCGUGAAGAAAAUCAAUCAAAGUUGAAUGAACUCAAAUAUGAUGCUCCUCAAUUUUCAAUCAACGAUUUCGAUUCUUCUCCUGACGUUAGUGAGUUUUCAGAGGCGAAGAUUGGAACUGCCAGGGAAUCUGUGGUUUAUGAGGAUGAAGAAGAAAUUGAUGACAGUGUCGCGCAUGAUUCUGGGUUUGCCGAUGUUGAGCCUCUUCCUGAGAAAUCAAAGCCGGAGAAAGUGAAAAUCAAAGGAAGGAGACGUCUUUGCAAAGUAGCAUCCACAGAUGAUGAAGAACAGAUUAAGGAAGAGAAUCAUAAUUUGUUUGAUAUUUCUGAUUUUAGCUCCCCGCCGCCCGUAAAGGAUGUGAGUUGUGGGGGGGAUGAGAUUAGGGAUAUAUUGAAUGAUUUGAGUUCCAAGAUGGGGUUUCUGUCUAUUGAGAAGAAGCGAAACCCUAGGCCUGUUGACCUAAAAGCUGUUCCUUUGGAGGAUGUUUCAUUGAAGAAAGAGGAGGAGAAGGGUGCAGGUCAAAAGGAUGAAUUGGAAGACUCUGAAUUUGGUAGUGUUGAUUCGUCUUUCGCUAACGGUUCAGAUUUAUCAAGCUCUUCAUUGAGUGUUACGGGUGGGGUUGAAGACAAUGAAGUGGAGAGUGGGUUGAGCGAACCUGAUGGGUGCAAUUUUGCUGAAGAACCUAAACAGAACAAGAAUGCUUACAAAGGAAAAUCAAAGAAUGUGAGCAGGGCGGUUGAGGAAACUGAAAAGAACAAGAAUGCUUACAAAGGAAAAUCACAGAAUGUGAGCAGGAUGGUUGAGGAAACUAAAAAGAAUGAGAAUGUUUACAAAGGAAAAUCAAAGAAUGUGAGCAGGACGGUUGAGGAAAAGCCUGUUGUCUCACAGAGGAGUUCAUUUUAUGAUUAUAAAGAUGAGGGUGACAGUGACGAGGAUGAUUGUGUAGAGGUGGGAGGUAAUAAUUGGACCAGGAGAGCAAAGGGUCAUGAUGCUUUGGGAGACGAGGAUGAUGCUUUUGUCGAUGAGGAGUAUGGUGAUUCAAGUGUGGUUGAGGUUUUAGAUGAUGAUACUCGUGAGACCGUUUCAGGAGAUGAGUUUGCAAUUAACUUAAGCGGCCCAAGAUCAACUUACAAGUUAUCUUCUAAAAUUGGCAAAAUGUUGUAUCCUCAUCAACGUGAAGGGCUAAGGUGGCUUUGGUCUCUUCACUGUCAAGAGAAAGGUGGGAUUUUAGGAGAUGACAUGGGUUUAGGGAAAACAAUGCAGAUUGCCGGUUUUUUAGCUGGUUUGUUUAGCUCUCGUUUGAUAAAGAGGGCAAUGAUCGUAGCUCCAAAGACGCUCCUCCCUCACUGGAUCAAAGAACUCUCUGCUGUGGGUCUUUCAAAGAGGAUAAAAGAAUAUUUUGGAACGUGUCCAAAGCUGCGCCAGUAUGAGCUCGAAUAUGUGCUUCAGGACAAGGGUAUUCUUUUAACAACUUACGACAUUGUACGCUUCAACGCAAAACAAUUAUGUGGAAGUGACUAUUAUGACGAGGAUGAUGAUAUCCCUCUUUGGGACUAUAUGAUACUGGAUGAGGGUCAUCUUAUCAAGAAUCCGAGUACACAGAGAGCCAAGAGUUUGCUUGGAAUACCUUGUGCCCAUCGCAUUAUCAUCAGUGGUACACCAAUUCAAAAUAAUCUGAAGGAGCUUUGGGCACUCUUCAGCUUUUGCUGUCCUGAUUUGCUGGGUGAUCACAGAGAGUUUAGAGACAGAUACGAGCAUCCAAUCCUUCGUGGUAAUGACAAAAAAGCCUCUGAUAGAGAAAGGCAUGUCGGUUCAAAGGUUGCAAAGGAGCUAAGGGAACGCAUUCAGCCUUAUUUUCUUAGAAGAAUGAAAAGCGAAGUGUUCCGUGACGAUGACACUUCCGAGAGCAAAAAGCUGUCCAAGAAGAAUGAAAUAAUAGUAUGGCUGCGGUUGACUAGCUGCCAGCGUCAACUCUAUGAAGCCUUUUUAAAGAGUGAAAUUGUCCUUUCAGCUUUUGAUGGCUCUCCUCUUGCUGCAAUCACGAUCUUGAAGAAGAUAUGCGAUCAUCCUUAUCUUUUAACAAAGAGAGCGGCUGAAGAUGUGUUGGAAGGCAUGGAUUCGAUGCUUAAUCAGGAGGAUUGUGGUCUAGCAGAGAAAUUGGCUAUGCAUGCAGCACAAUUGACAGAGGAAAAUGAUUUACAGGAGAAGCAUGCCAAUCUCUCUUGCAAAAUAUCAUUUAUACUAUCUUUGUUGGAAAAGUUAAUUCCUGAGGGGCAUAAUGUUCUUAUAUUUUCUCAGACUCGGAAAAUGCUUAAUAUCAUUCAGGAAUCAUUGUUGACUAAUGGUUUUGAGUUCCUACGUAUUGAUGGCACGACAAAAGCUAGUGACAGGCUGAAGAUUGUAAAUGAAUUUCAAGAAGGUCGAGGAGCUCCUAUUUUCUUAUUAACUUCUCAAGUUGGUGGUCUUGGUUUGACUCUCACAAAUGCUGAUCGUGUAAUUGUUGUCGAUCCAGCAUGGAAUCCCAGUAUGGAUAACCAAAGUGUGGACCGUGCUUAUCGGAUUGGCCAGAAGAAAGAUGUUCUAGUUUACAGACUGAUGACAUGCGCUACAAUUGAAGAAAAAAUAUACAGGAUGCAGAUAUUCAAGGGUGGCUUAUUCAAAACAGCUACAGAGCAAAAAGAGCAAACACGUUAUUUCAGUCAACAGGAUCUUAAAGAACUUUUCAGCCUUCCCAAAGAUGGUUUUGAUGUUUCUCCCACUCAGUUGCAGUUAGUUGCAGAACAUGGUGACCAGGUCGCAAUGAGUGAUUUUUUGAGAACCCACAUCAAUUUCCUGGAAUCUUUAGGCAUAGGAGGUGUCAGUCACCACAGUUUGCUCUAUACCAAAUCAGAACCUGCACCAGCAGUUGUACAGGUAGAAGAAGAUGAACCAAGGAGAAUGGGAACUAAAAUUUACAAGAAAUAUGGUUCUUCUUCAACUUCAACAGAGCAUUACGUUGCUGGGGCUCAAUAUGCAUUUAACCCAAAGGAUGUAAACCUCAACAAGACAAAUGUUUCACCACAAUAUACUACUAAGAUGACUGAAUCAGAUAUCAAGGAGAGAAUCAAUAGACUUUCACAGCUUUUAUCAGAUAAGGGUUUAAGAUUGCCUGACAGAGGUGAGAGACUUAGGAAGCAAAUCAGUGAACUGAAUACGGAGCUUGUAAACCUAACUACACCUGAGAAAACCAAUCAGGUUAUUGACUUGGAUGAUAUUACUGACGCAUUACAGAGGUCGUCAUUGCAUGUAUAGUACCUUGAUUGCCUUUGUGCUGAAUUGAUAUGUAAUUAACUUAGGUGUACAAAAGGUACAUGCCUUUUUUUUUGCUAUUUUGGCGCGGUGAUUCAUUCACGAGGCACAAGCUCGGUGCCCUUUUUGAGAAUGUAAUGUUUUGGUCUGAACGAACGAACUCUGCUGAAAGCAUUUUGUGAGGCACAAGGUUGAUGCCCUUAUUUGAAAAUGUAAUCUUUUGGUCAGAACGAACUCACUCUGCCCAAGGCUUUUGCUUACUUCAGCAUAUUUUGUAUGUUCAGAGAUUUAAUGUAUGCUUUCAGAAGUAAGAAUAGUGAAUUGAGGUGUCUCACUUUGUUGCUGAUC